UUUUUAAGAAUAUAUCUGUGUAAUUCGAAGCAGCACGACAGAUGAAGACGUUUUUCUUGGUUUGGGUAACAUCUGUGUUGGGAGUACAUCCGCACCACGAUCAUAGACCACCGGAGUUUAAAUACAAAGAUGCAGGGGAUUUCAGCAGAGACUUUCAACAUUGGAUACAAUCACGGAUGAGCAAUAACAGCGUGAACAACAUCAUAGAAAUAGUUUUCGAGAGACUCGGAGUUUACGAGACGGACUAUUGUGGUAACACUCCUGGUGCACAGUCGGUUGCGGAAGUUUUCAAGAAAUCACUUGUUGAUUACGAUACAUCGAAGUUGUUAUCAGACGUAACAGAAAUCUACACAUUUUUCACGCGGGUUUUAUCAGUGGUUGUUAGUGCCGACCCAUGUUGCCAAACACCUGAAGACUGCAUACUCAAGGCGGAAGAAUACAUGAAAACGAAGACAUUUUCUCAAGUCUAUGAAAUAAUUACAAGGAAAUACAAAAGGCUUGCUCCUCCAGUAGGAAUGAAUGCAAACGAACGUUUAAUAUACGACGUGGAUACGUAUGCAAAUCGAUUUACAUGCGUUGAUGAGAAGUCACUACUGAGGACAGUGAAUAUUAACCCAGACCAUGAGAUUGUUAACGAAGAUCGGAAAAGAAGUGUACAAUCAACGGUUCUCAUUUUCUACAUAUUAAAAGGGUACAAUUUGCUCAGAAAUGAUAAUGAGGUAUGUCCGGGAGCCUACCUUCACAGUAUAUAUAGGCACUACUCCAGGGAUCACAGUGCAAUGUCUCAGUAUGAACUGUCUAAACUGAUGCAGGGUUUAAGAUAUCAGCCACAGCACAAUGUCCAGUCAGACAAAGAAACCGGUCAUAUUCAUUCUCAGGGAGAGAAAAGACAGGCCCCUGGAUUUCACCCGUCACCUCUGGAUGUUGAGAACAGGUUUCAAGAAUUUCAUGAUAAAGGGCCUUUCGACCAAGGUCACCGAUAUUUAGCGCCAGACCAUGAAACUAUUUUCCUGAACUACGAUACUCAAUGUAAAGAAUGUGAAUCUAAUGCAAGACAGUGCUUUGAUUCACAUCAGCUUAUAUCAAUAUUCACUGGAAGACCUGUGUCCCCACACGACAAAGUUCCGAUGGCUUUAUUUCUGGACAUGUGCCCUGCAUUACUUUACAAAACGUUGUUUAAACCAUGUCAUCAUUCCCAACAUCCUCCACACCCUCCGCACCGACCAACACAUACACCCUCAAUGGUAUCCACCACUACGACAACAACAUCACCUUCAGCCAGUAUGGCUUCCAAGUUGAACAGUUCAUCCACUGAGGAGACGAUGCCUCGGUAUAAAAGUUACCUGUACGGAUCGUUAUCGGUACUAGUAAUAAGCCUGUGUAGCAUCGUCGGUGCCGGUUUUAUGAAGGUUUCCCGGACAGAAUUAAAGACAUACAUGAUGGGAUCCAUGUUGUCCCUAGCGGUCGGAUGCCUUGUUGCCGACGCCGCCCUUCAUUUACUUCCAGAGAUCAUAAUGAGUGACGAAGAUUUGGACAGUGAAGAACUGGUACCGGCCUAUCUGAGAAAGCUUUGUGCCUUUCUAGCCAGUAUAUACGCCUUCUUUAUACUGGAGUUGUUAUUAUCUAUUCGUCAUAGCCACAGUCAUACACUGGAUAUGGGAAGUGAACAAAUUAAAUCAAUAAGUCUCGAAUACAGAAAGGACGAUAAUGUGAUCCUCGAAACAAACUUGAGUCUGAACAAUAGAUCGACGAAUGCCCGUAUUCCAAAGACAUUAAACAUAGAUCACGAAAACAACACAAGCAUGGCAUCUAAUUACAGCGGACAUCCAACAGACAGCAGCAUUCACGUGCUCGAACCCCGAUUGUCUAAUCCAAACCAACACAAUAAUGCAUCUCGGACAGAACCCAGUAGACAGGUGAUCGAAUCCAGGUGCUCAAACACAAGUGAUAGAAUCAGUAUACACGACGCUGAAUCAGGGGUGAAAGCCCUUGCAUGGAUGAUAAUCAUCGGGGACGGAAUUCACAAUUUUGCUGAUGGGCUUGCAAUAGGAGCAGCUUUUGCUCUCACAUUUACAAAGGGGAUUUCAACAUCAAUUACAGUAUUGUGUCACGAACUGCCACAUGAAUUAGGGGAUUUUGCUGUACUUGUAUCUACAGGAAUGUCUAUCAAAAAGGCUAUGUUGUUGAACUUUGUGUCAAGUCUGACUGCCUUUGCUGGACUGUACUUAGGGCUGGCUCUCGGAGAGCAGGAAGAGGCGUCACAGUGGAUAUUUGCCGUCGGCGCCGGCAUGUUUCUAUACGUAGCACUGACCGAUCUGGUACCAGAGUGUAAAGAAUAUUUUAAGACGAAAUGCACAAUCAAAAUGUUCCUUGGACAAAAUGUAGGUCUGUUGCUAGGAUACGUUGCCAUGCUCUUGAUUGCCAUGUAUGAAGAUAAACUUGAAAUAAAAGCAUGAUU